CUCAACACAGUCUAAAGUGUCAGAUAGUCUUGUUAACACGUGAGAAAUCCAGUGUAGCGAAGAGGGCGAAAGACGAGGGAAAACGGGGAGAGAGACAGGGCUGAACGCGGAAGAGAGUUUUUGGGGAAAGGGCUGAGCUCGGAGGGAAGCGCGCGGAUCUCAAUGAGGGAACGCCGAAAAGGAGAGCGGACGAGCGGCCAGAGCACCAGACAUGAGUCCGAGAUAUCUGUUGUUGCAGGUGGCGGACUGAAGACGAUGCUGGAUGCCAUGGAAGUUCCAAGUCAUGCUAGGGAUCUCCUUCUGCAACUCAACAGCCAGCGCACCAAGGGCUUCCUGUGUGAUGUUAUCAUUGUGGUGCAGAACGCCCUUUUCAGAGCUCACAAGAACAUUUUGGCUGCCAGCAGCCUCUACUUGAAAUCUUUGGUGGUCCAUGACAAUCUCAUCAACCUCGACCAUGAGAUGGUGAGUCCAGGGGUCUUCAGGGUCAUUCUGGACUACAUCUACACAGGCCGUCUAAGUGAGGGAGACCCCAUUUCUCCCACUGAACCCAAUCUAGGGGCUGUUUUGGCAGCAGCCAGCUACCUUCAGCUGCUUGACUUAGUGGCUUUGUGCAAAAAGAAGCUGAAAAGACAUGGCAAGUACCCUCCCCGCCCAAAUCCCGCAUUUCUGCCGUAUCCAAAGAUGGGACCCAAUAGUAUGGGGUUAGGGAGUGGAGGCAGGUAUAGGGUCUCUACUCCUGUCAUUCAGCCCUGCCCUCCAGUAGGAAUUUUGAAUAGCCAUGCACCCCGGGCACCACCACUAGAGGAGCUAGUUCCCCAUCGACUAGCCAUCCAUGCUGGGGAGCUGUAUGCUCCCACCUCCGCCCAGGGCUCUCAGGUGUUCCCGUCCCUGCAGUCACCUCUGCCUGCCCAGCUUGGCCGCUCGGCCCACUCUGAGAGGAACUGCUCCCCAAACUAUGGCCUUGAUCUCUCCAAGAAAAGCCCCAACUCGCAGUCUCAGCACACACCCUCUCAGUCCCAUCUGGCAAACACUCACAACGAUGAGGAGCGAGACGAGACUCUGAGUGGCCGCACUAGUCCCAUGCAGGGGACGAAUGGCAGGGCCUUCCCCUCUGAGAAAAUGGAGUCGACCGACCAGACAGGCCCCCUCACUCCUCCACCUUUCCCCCAUCUCAACCAGCCUCUUGGCCCGCACCUCCCCCACCUGCACCGCUCAGGCUCCCAGGGCACAGAUCGCUACCCGUGCCCCCCCAGCCCUGACACCCCCACAGAAGGUGGAGAGGCAGGCAGAGAAAUGGGCAACAUCUACCGCUGGGUGAAACAUGAGCCACUGUCAUAUACGGCUGAAGAUGAAGAUGAGGAUGAGGAUGAGGAGGAGGGGGGUGAAAACGGAGACCGGCAUCAUAACCACCACAAGGCUGGGGAGGAGAGUGAAGGAGCAGACGACAAGAGCGGAUCAGGCACGGAGGAGACGGGCAGCAGUGAAGGCCGCCCCUCCCCUCCUGGACCAAUGGGGAGGUUCCACAUGCCGUAUGAACCAGAGAGCUUCGGGGACAAUCUGUAUGUCUGCAUUCCCUGUGACAAAGGCUUCCCGAGCUCAGAGCAGCUCAAUGCACAUGUGGAGACACACACAGAAGAGGAGCUGUACGUCAACUCCGGCGGGGAGAUGGGAAACAGCAAUAACAGCAGCACUAAAAACAUUAGCAGUAAUACAAAUGGUUAUGGGAGCUUGAACAACAGCAACAGCUUGAACAGUCUGUCCCAUAUGGAGACCAAGUCGAGCCAGGGGCUGAGUUCAGUGGGCAUCGGGGAGAUGAUCCGACCCUACCGCUGCUCCACCUGCGAUAAGUCCUACAAAGAUCCGGCCACUUUGCGACAGCAUGAGAAGACCCAUUGGCUGACUCGGCCGUACCCUUGCAGCAUCUGUGGCAAGAAGUUCACGCAGCGUGGUACUAUGACGCGCCACAUGCGUAGCCACCUGGGCCUCAAACCUUUUGCCUGCGACUCCUGUGGCAUGCGCUUCACCCGCCAGUAUCGCCUCACUGAGCACAUGCGCAUCCACUCCGGGGAAAAGCCCUAUGAAUGUCAGGUGUGUGGGGGAAAGUUUGCCCAGCAGCGCAACCUCAUCAGCCACAUGAAGAUGCAUAGUAGUGGAGGGACUGCAGGGGGCCUGACCACAGAUGGGAAACUGAAGCUGGACUUUGCAGAGGGCAUCUAUCCUCUAAGUAAAUACACAGCAGAGCACCUGGGGCUGAAGCAGGAGAAGGCCAAUGAACUUCUCAUCCAAGCCCAGCAGCAACUGGUAGCUGAUGCAAAGGCCAUGGAGAGCCUCUCCCCACUUUCCAAACUGGCCUCGGAGCACAUGAGCUUCCUCCACGACAAGAUGGGUGUCCUGGGCCAACCCCUGCCCCCUCCCCCACAGGCCCUGUCUGAAGCCCGCACCAUUGACCGCUACUCACCCAGCUAAGACAUGUGACCUGUAUAAAUGGCAGUCACCAACAGGUCUGUGUGCACACACAACUUGCAGUAUUCUAAAGCCAUUCACCUCAACUAAUUAUCUCCUCUGCACCUCAGACUCAGGCCAGAAGGAAUUGGUCUGCUAAUGCACACCAAAAUGUGUAGACUGUAAGUGCCUUUCUAUGCAUCUAAUGUAUCUUAAAGUCCUCCUUCAUAAAGGAGUACUGUGCUAUUCCAUGACCAAGGGACACUCAUUCAAAGAAGUACAGUAUUUAUGUACAGUGUAUGCAAACAAACAUUUUUUUUUUUUUUUUUUUAAAUUUCAGCCAUUGAGCCAAAGUGACAAAUUGAAAACCAAAAUGAAAUUGUUGUAUUUAUUUUUGUAUCAUGGUGAAAUCCAAAGAGAAACUCUUGCAAGGAAAUGUUGCAAUCAGACCCUAAACCUGUGUACUAUUAAAUAUCAUCUGUGUACAAGAAACGAAAAAGCACAUAAGGACAAGAUUCAGGGUUUGUGUCCAGACCUGAGCGGAACUUUUGCCACAUGAAUAAGCCAACUCUUCUGGACUUUAAAGUAAUGGGAGGAUAUAUUUUUUCUUACUUUUUCUUUUUUCUGUUUUUUUGGGGUACUGGACAAUUUAUGUAUCUCACCCUCCAGCUUCUCCCCAUCAUGUUCCUGCUUCCCAAGUCACAAGAAGGAAAUAACUGAACAAUGAGAGCAAUUGCUUCGGCUUUUCGGUAAAUUCUCUUCUGCUUUCUCCACAUUUUUUAAAGUAAACCACUCCCCCGCAUAUUUGUGCGGAUAAAGGCUCAUACUAUGUGACAGUAAUGGUAGCUUAAUCAGCAGUACACCCAGUGCGUAACCCUUCGUGAGCUAACACUUCCUUCGCAUUUCUUUUGCAUCCCUUAGCUUUUACUUGUUAUUGAGAUGCAGCAAGCACGGCCCUGUGAUCUCAUAACUGGGACACGAUUGCACAUACCCAACUGAUGACACACUAAUCCGUAGUUCAUGACAAGUGUAGCUUCAUCUCAUGGUGUAGACGAAGUAUGGGUGUUGCCUCUGGCAUUGUGUAAUAUUUACAGUUACAGAUGCAGCCGAGGCCAGCAGCAGAGGCAAGGACCAGGUCAGAAUUAUUGACACAGAAAUCUGUCAUUUACUGUCAAGAGCAAUUACUCCAUUCACAGCAGUCUGAUGAUUAAUUGUGGAACGGCAGUAGUCAAAUGCCGCAUUGAACGCCGCUCUGCUCCACUGUCCGACCUCUCGUUUGACCUCCCUCCCCUGUAGUCUGUUGUCUGGGAGCACUGCUACUGUUUGGACGCCAAAGUCAGCGCUUUGCCUUAAAAGUGCUUCGCACACCACACGCAUAUACGUUCCCCCUCCACACACACAUAGCGAGCUGCUAAUCUGUCAGUGAUAUGAACAUAAGAGGGGGUUUGUGGGUCUUCCCUGGAAGCCAGCGGGUGAACAGCACACCCCAGCUGCUGUGGCUCAGUAAUCCCUGUGAAAUCUCGCUUUCUCCUGGACAAUUUGCACUGCUUGCCGACAUGAUGUCCCAUUUCAUGCCUGCCAUCUUACCCCUCUGAUCCACUUAUUAACAUCAUAUCCCGGCCUAGCAAAUGUCUCCCGGCCUCGCCUCCUUUCCCUGCUGGUAUCAGACGCGGAAACAAAGAAUGACAUAUUUCUGUGUUGGCUGACCAGCAGUUCCUCCAGCCUGAAAACAAAAGAGCACUCAAAGGUUGCGGGUUGAAGGCACAUUCUUGUCUUUGAAUGUUUAUUUCAAAGAACAUGCUGCCCCUUUUCUCUUUAUUAUUUUUCCAAUUUUACUGGUCCUUGAUUCAGAUUACAAAUGUCUGACCACUAUAGUGCCAAUGCCAACCUCAGUGGGUGAAUGUGAAGACUAAAGCCAUAAAUACACUGUGAUAGACGUAGUGAAUCUUAAAGGCUUAAAAAAAAAAAAAAAA